AUGAGUCUCCCUUUUCGCGAUAUCAACGUCCAGGUGGCGCCCGACACCUACACCUUCACCUCGCCUUCGUCUCCAGAUGCUCCGACUCUCGUCCUUGACCGUCCCAGCGGGGACUUGCGACUGAGUGAGGGCAGUGCCUACCCCAACAAGCGCGUCUCGCGUGUUUCUAGCAUCGCCGGCAUCCUGGGCAUCAUCAGCUUGAGACUCGACAAAUAUGUCAUCGUUGUCACCAAAGCCCAACCGAUGGGCCGCCUCAAGGGCCAUAUGGUCUACAAGGUCAUAUCCACUGAUUUCCUUCCUAUGCGCGAGCGGCAGAUCCGAGACCCAGACGAGGACCAGUUCCUGUAUCUCCUCAAGACCUUUGUCAUGAAAGGUCCCAUGUACUUCUCGUACUCGAUCGACCUCACCAACAGCUUUCAGCGACAGGCCUCCAUGGACUCGUCGAGCCCGCUGUGGAUGCGCGCUGACGACCGCUUCUUCUGGAACAGAUUCGUUCAGUCAGACCUCAUCGACUUUCGCAAGAUGGGCAAUCGAUCGCAACACGGCCCCCAGCCAGCCGCUGACCCCUAUAUCCUGCCCAUCAUGUGGGGGACUCUCGAGAUCCGACCGACCACGCUGAAGGGUCAGCCGCUGACAAUUGCCCUCAUCACAAGGAAAUCCAGGUAUCGAGCCGGCACCAGAUACUUCACAAGAGGCCUCGACGAGAAUGGACAUGCAGCCAACUACAAUGAGACGGAACAGAUCGUGAUGCUCAACGAUACGGGUAGUGGUUUGGGCGGCUUCGCAGGAAGCACUGAUAUGCAGAGCGGGAAACUGGGCGGUUCUGAGGGACGGGAGAUGCAGAUAUUGUCUUACGUCCAAACUCGAGGCAGCAUACCUGCCUACUGGGCUGAGGUUAACGCGCUCAAGUACACCCCGACCCUUCAAGUGAAGACCAUUGAGGCAGGUUUGCCUGCCGCGAAGAAGCACUUCGACGAACAAAUCCGUAUUUACGGAGACAACUAUUUGGUGAAUCUUGUCAAUCAGAAGGGCCGUGAGCAGCGCAUGAAAGAAACCUAUGAGCAAAUGGUGCAAAAGCUGGUAUCAUCGCCAAAGGAGGGUGUCAGUGGUGACGCGAACACAAGUGAAAAGUUUCAUGUCAUUGAGCCGAGUUCUUCGAAACAUGAAUACGACCGUCUGCACUAUGUCUAUUUCGACUACCACCACGAGACCAGGGGCAUGCAGAUGCAUCGCGCCAUGAUGCUGGUGGACCAGCUCCAAGAUGCUCUCUUAGCACAACAAUACUUCCGCGGCGUGGAUAUGCCCGCUCAAGGCGGCCUGGAAACACGCAACUUCCAAACUAGCGUUGUGCGUACCAAUUGCAUGGACUCGCUCGACCGUACAAAUGUUGUGCAAAGCAUGCUGGCGCGCUGGACCUUGGAUCGCAUGUUCGUGGACCUAGGCCUUCUUCAGCGUGGCGAGACGUUCGCUGCUGUUGACCACGACUUCUACUACCUCUUCCGCAACCUGUGGGCCGAUAAUGCUGACACAGUAUCGCGCGCCUACGCCGGAACCGGUGCAAUGAAGACAGACAUCACACGUAUGGGCACACGCACCAACGCAGGAAAGCUGCGGGAUUUGAACGUGGCUAUCACGAGAUUCUAUCUCAACAACUUCCGCGAUGGGCCGCGGCAGGACGCCUUCGAUCUCUUCCUCGGCGCAUAUGAGCCAAGCUCCGGAAGCCUUGGCUCAUCGCUCGUCUUUGCGGAUCGGAGACCCGUCCUCAUUCAGAGCAUUCCGUAUACCCUCGCUCUAAGCGUGUUCUUCGUCCUCGUCGGUCUCUUCACGCCUCGCAUGCCGGAUACGGCAUCGCUACUGCCCGUGCGAUUAUUCAUCCUGUUUUGGACAAUUGUUGCGGCAUGGUGCUUGCAAUUCGUCCUCAAGAACGGGAUGCUCUUCGUCAAUUGGCCGAAGCUUAACCCACGACCGUGGGCCAUAGAGGGCUACCAGGAAACGAUCAGCAAGGUUAGGAAAGAUAAGCUGCUCGGCCCAUUUGUGGUUAAGCACGAGCGUGGGCUCAGCACGGCGAGGUACCUCAAUGCUGAGGAGGGGAAGAAGAGAAUCGAGUAG